GAGAGAGGAAAAGAAAAAGAGGAAGAGAGAAAGUAUUCAGAGUAUCGUAUGAGUUUUAAUUCAGUGUUUAUUUGAGAAAAGAAAUAACUAAAAAGAAAGCGUUCUUUGUGUUAUCAGUGAACAGGAUAUCUUUGAUAAGAGGUAUCGAUUCGCUUUAACCAGCAGAAAUCGAUGGCAUCUUCGUGUAUGAUACUGCGACGUGGUAUCGCGACUUCCUGCAUUUGUCAUGGGAAGCGAAAUUUUCGAAAAUUCUUACUAUAUAAUAAACGUGGCAGUCGUAACUUUAAAGAGCAACAGGCGAAAAAUCCAGAUCCUGAUAUACCAAUAGAUAAGAGAGGUGUAAGAGAUACGGGAUAUAAUGUAGAUGGUAAAUGGGUUCAUGUGCCAGAGAUGAUUCCUGAAUUAAUUGUUCCUUCAUUGGAAGGAUUUACUUUGAAACCAUAUGUGUCGUACAAAGUGGAUAACUUUACGGAACCCGAAUUUACUGCACAGGAUUUGUUUGAUGCAGUAUAUUCUGAAAAAAUAAAGGAAGACUUUGCAAAUAAUCAAUUAACCGAGACUGGAGAGCCAUUGAAUCCUAGUGAUCAUGAAAAGCUUACGCCGCAACAAGCUAAGGACAAUGCCAGUAAAACAGGUUGUGACAUUUUUGAUGAAGGAAAACCAUUGUAAACAUUUUUACUUUUUAGUAUUUAUGAUACUCUAAUAUUUAAAUGUGUAUAUUUUUUUCUCUUCUACAUUGAAAUAAAAAAUUUGAAUAUUCUCCAUUA